CGCGGGUGAGGUUCCGCGAAAUCGUCGGCGUGAAGUGAUCGGCGUUCUGGUGUGUUAUAUAGCGGAAUCGUGGUGACGGCUGUGCGGCAGUCUGUUGACCGCGCGCUCCCCCCGGUGAAUGACACUGAUCGGGCCCGGCGCCCCAGGAAUGGCAUUUAUGAUGAAGAAGAAAAAGUACAAGUUCUCGGUGGAGCUCCACCUGGAGGAGUUGGUCGAGGUUCCGUUCCUGAAUGCGGUGCUGUUUGCAAAGAUUCGCCUGCUGGACGGUGGUUCCUUUCAGGAGCACAGCAGUAGGGAGGAAGUAAAAAACCAUACCGUCAAGUGGGGCCAGAAGUUCGAGUUUCCCUGCAAGAUGACCUCGAACGCGUCGACCGGCGUGCUGGACCCGUGCACCGUGCGGAUAUCGGUGCGCAAGGAGAUCAAGGGUGGCAGGAGUUACCAGAAACUAGGAUUCACAGAUCUUAACCUGGCCGAGUUUGCCGGUUCGGGUCUGACGUCUAGGAAGUGCUUGCUCGAGGGCUACGAUACCCGGCACCGGCAGGACAACUCGAUGCUGAACGUGUCGCUGCGUAUGCACAUGAUCCAGGGUGAUAUUUUGUUUAAAGUUCCUUCUCCAAGUCCAAAGUCGAAGACGGCCCUUCCACAGGACAAUCUAACGCUAGGGCUGCAACCGGCCGACCCGACGAUGGCCGGCGGCCCGGCUGGCGCUGGCCCCGUCGUUACGCCCGUCGUAACGCGCGUUUCCACCAAAGAUGAGGCAACCGUGGUGGUGUCCGCGGUGUCCACGUUCGACUCGUUGCCGAAGAAAAAACCUGAAGAGCGAACCGAUGUUAAUAACCCGGCUUCUGUCGUUCCAGAACACCAAAUAUCGACGGAGAUGGACCCACUGUCGUUCAUUAUUACCGAUUCCGGUAUCUCUGAAUCUUCCGAACCGCCAUCGUCGCUGCUGGACUACCAGUCGAACCUGCCCACCGUGGCCACGCUUCCCGCGGCGUCCAGUGUACCGCCGCAAGCGGGCAAUCCGGGGCAGCAGGUGGUGGUUGCGUCCGGAACGGCGACGGUCGCCAGUAGCGGUGGAGCAAUCGAACUGGGUCAUUCCCGUAACUCGAGCAAUACUAGUCAAAUGUCCAAAGGUUCCGGUUACAGCAGUUUCUCCCACAGUCAGCACUCGCGGCAAAGCUCCGAGGGAGACUCGGGCCAUCAGAGGUUCCGCCAGGGGUCCGCGUCCACGGUGAAGAGCAAACCGCUCAUUACAGUGUCCUCGUCGUCGUCGUCGUCACCGUCACCUUCGGGCACGGUGUCGCAGUCCCUCGUAAACGGUAGCGUCGGUCGUGGCUACGUGAAUGCUAAUAAGAAACUUUUUGCCAGUGGCGGCAGCAGCGGUGGCGUGGGCGCUCCGCGGAUGACCCCCACGCGGACGGUGACCGCCAACAAGCUGCUGAUGAAGCUGCGCCUCCCGCAAACGCCCACCUCGGACUCGGACGGCGAGCUGUACUCGACGCCGGACAUGACGGUGCUGUCGGACGGGGGCAGCGAGGAUCGGACCGAGUCCGGCCUCGAGGAGUUUGGCACCCCGACGGCGGAGAUACCGCUCGCGAAGCUGAUCAAAAUCAAGAGCAUGAACAAUCUGGCCAUUCCGAAGGGUAGAAUGUAUCCGGACGACGACGACUCCGACGACUCCCAACGACGGGAUGGUCCACCGUCGGCCAACGACGACCCGAGCGUGCUGUCCGGUGGCACUCCGGCGUGCGCGCUGAACCUGAGCCGCAUGAAAUCGCUCGGCAAUCUGUCGGCGUACGAGCGCGACUUCGGCGACACGCCGGUCGACCUGCUGAAGCUGAAGAAGGACUUCGAGACGCGACGGUUCAGCUUCGCGAAGAUGAAAUCGCUGACCGACCUGACGGUCGACGACGAAUCGGACGACGUGCUGGUGCGCCGGCGGCGUCAGGUCGAGGUGGAAGACGAACGGAACGCCGCCUCCAAAGUGCCCCGGUCCCCGACGACGUCGCUCGGCGGUGGAUCGACCGUGGGCCCGGCGACCGAACUCUCCUGUCGCUUCCUGCCGUUCCAGAUGCGCAACUCGUUCCACAGCGGCGUCUACCGGAAGCGGUCCGGAAUUGGCUACACGCGCUACAUCGGUAUCGAUGACGAUUCGUCCAGCUCGGCGGUAACGGCCGGGCCCCUGCAGGGCAGCAAUCUGACGAAGAUAAACUCGCUCGGCACCAUCCCGACGGUGGGGCUGGAACCGGUCGAUCACGUGCCAUUCCUGACGCCAAACAUUGGCCGGAAACGGUUCGCUUCCAACUCGACCACCACGAGCGUCACCAGCAGUCCGGAUGAGAACGAGCAACCGCUGGUGACAGCCAGGGCAGCCAGCAAAGUGGUGGUGCGUGGCUCGGGUCGCGGCACCCCGUUCGAGCGUAACUUCCGGAAGAGUGCCCCGAUUGGCGACGUUGGCGGGGCCGCCAUCGGUGUGAGUCUCUCGUUGGCCAACGCCAGCUGCUCGUCGGCCUCGGUCCAGCAGCUCCCGAUCGGUAGCUACUUCCGGCAGUCGGACAGCAACUUCUACAACAUCACCCGCAACUACCCGAUCGGAAAGUCGUCUUCCGCCAACCUGGAAUCGCUCAAACACCGCUCGUCGUACAACAGUUUUCCGCUGAGCCUGAUGAAACAGGCCGCCAAUGGUUCGGCCGGUGCCGGCUGCGCCGAAGCAAAGAACGUGUCCAGCGGGGGCACCAAGAAGCCCUCCCCGAAGGGAACGGUCGUUUCCGGCGCGUCGUCGGUGGUUGCUGUGAGCCCGGCGGCGGUUGCGGCCGGUGUUCCGGGAAACCGUGUCUAUCAUAGAUUCCGCUCGGUAGUGCGGGUGGUGCUUAAGUUGAUCAUUAAACGGCAAUCGAACCACACCCAAUCGGCAAACGAUUGUCCGAAGUCCGUGUCGACCGCCACCGGCACUGCCUGCCAUUCUAUCUCCAAAUCUUCCAAUUCUUCUACCAAUACCACUACCACUACUACCACUACUACUACUACUACUACCAGUGCGGCGGUGCUAAACGAGUCGAUGCUCAACAACGGCACCACCACCAACACCACCAUCAUCACCACCGCGGUCACCGCCGUCACUAACGCCUCAUCAUCCAUGUUAAGAAAUCCCAGUUCUAGUUCAAUCCCCAUGAGUGAAACCGGUUCGCUGGACCGCAUGAAGUCGGCGGCCGAACGAAGGAAAAAGGGCCCCGGGCUGGACGGGGACGCCGGUGCCGGGGCACCGACGCUUUCGGGCCGGGUGGAGGGUACCCGCGUCAACACCGGGUUGAUCAUCGACGAGCUGCUGAAAAACACCAAACUAGACCAUCUAGAAGAUGCCGAAAAUCCCACCGGACUGGCGCUGUACAUCAGUAGCGACGGUACGACGAUGGUUGGCAGCCACGAGGUGCGCUCGCGAAUGCCGGCCGGAGCGUUCAAGCAGGUGGUCAUGGAAAACCCGAGAUAGUAGCAACAGUAGCAACUAGCGGCAGUUCCAAUCGCUCGAUCCAUCCAUCUGACCGCACCCGGUAACGUCGCCGUCGGUCCGGCAUCGCUCGUUAGCCACCGUCGAGUUGGCGGGGCGGUGCGGUGGAGCCUCUCCUGCCGUCAACGUCAUCAUCGUCAUUAUUGUCAUCCAAUUUGGCCAUACCGCGUUCGAUAGGGCUGUCGGUGCAGCACCGACGUAAUGUGUGAUUAUCUGUUCUUUAUUUUUAUUCGUUAAGAAAUCACUUUCCUAUUCGCGUUCGUCGUGUAUCGGGUAGUGCGGCGAUGCAAGGCUUCCUUUCUUCGUAUUAUGAUUGGUCUGUACCGGUGUGCGUGUGCGGUUAUGGGAGUGUGAAAGACAUCCAUUGUAUGGGCAGGCCACAAAAAACCACCAAGCGCAACUGCGAAAGUUCUGAAAGAUCAAAUCUUUGCAGCAGGACAGGGGAUAGAGGCACCAGCAAGAUAGAGAACGUACCAUACGCCAUUAUGUUGUGAUAAACUUUAACGGGUUACAGUGUUUUAUUUCUUCUCUCCCAUUUGCAUCGCACCCUGGCAGAGCUGACUAGAUGGUGGUAUUUUUACGGAUUUAUAGUUAGGGUUUUUGGUAGACAUCACUUCUGGUGCCGUGGCCGAUCAGAGAAGGCUGUGGUAGUAGUAGCCUCGAUUUUGAAAGCAACCGCAUGGUGCCAAUCAAUGGCGAUGGCGAUCAAUCGUUUGAGGCCAAGGCUAAGAAAAGCCUUCGAUAGACUACUCCUGCACAACUGACUAUCCGGACUGACCGUGCAACGUUACAGACCAAACCAAUAGAACAGUAGAACAAGAACAGUGCCCAAGUGCAAGAGCAACAUGUGGCGCAGGAUUGUGAAUGAGACACAAAAGGGUGGUCGAGGUCGCGCAUUCUCCAGCGAAAGUGAUAGCAGCACGUCACGAUCGGGCACGCGUAGAACGUGGUUUGUGUACAGCUUCGACAGAAAUUAAAUUGUACAUGUGUGUGUGCGUGUGUGUGCGUUAGUAGUUGAGGUAUUAUUAUGAUUAUGCUUAUUAAUAUUACGAGCACCAUUCUGUUUUAUUUCGUUCCAGUUAACGUAAAAGUUAGAGAGAAAGCAAAUGAAAUUUGUUUAUUUUUGGUACUGUUCUCUGUGUCCGUUCAUGCUAUAUUAUUACCUAUUCUACAUCCCCAAACCAACCGAUGAUAGUAUCGAUUUCCGUUCUGCAGUCGAGCGAGAUUUGUUGCCCCAAAACGGAAUGAUUAAUGAGUCUCUUUCUGCUGGUACACGAUUGUUUCGUUAAUGUGUUGAUGCAACCUAAAGCGGUCAACAACAAACAUCGCAUUUGUUCACAACAAAGGCGUGUAAACUGCCAUUUGUAAUUGCAGCGAAGCGUGCAUUGGUGCGAAUUGGUGGAACGAUUAACAUAGUUUCUUCCUCUAUACCGUUUUCCUAGAUUGUGCUCUAUGUCCAAAAGUGAUUGAAGUAUUGUUUAGCAAUUUUUUGUGUAUAUACGUAUUGGCAGGUUUAAAAUCUAUUACGUGAGGUAACCGUAUAAGGAUACAGGAUGCAACACAAACUGCUGCAGCACAGGAGGUGGAAGAAAAAAUCACGGAGCAAUGUAAAAUUGUAAAGUCGCACCACCAAUGGGAAGUUAAUGUUAAUGAAUGGUAACAAGAUGGUAAACCUACUGAGCGAUAAGAGAAUUACGAUUUAUUAAAAACGCAGGCACACACGGAACUCCGCGCGCUAGGCCGUGUGGGUUGAAUGAUUGUGGUCCGGUGUCCCGGCUAGCCAAUAACUAAUUUGUUUGUGAUUUAGAGUGAUGAGGGCUGCCGAACUAAAAGCAUGAAGCAAACAUUCUUACUAGAACCGACAGCGACCAGUAGAGCGCAGUUCAAGUAACCGUUUUCAAUAGCAACCAAUCACAACCGUUCUCUAAACAAAGGAAAUAUCAUAUUUUUUAGCGUUUUUUAGAAUGAUAUUCGAUUCGAGAGACUUGUGGAGCUCUAGCUAGCUUUGUGAAGGUCGCGGAAAAAGUUAUAAUAAUUCAGCGUAGCAGUGUCACUAGUGAAGGAAAGCAUUGUAGGGUUUUUUGUCUCGUUGUCCAUAAAGGACGUACCACUCGUUUUCGUACGAAGUUUCGAUAGAUACCAAAACUAAAAGCGCAAAACCAUUCUCAUCGCCGUUCUUAUCAUUCUACAGCAAAAGGGUGCGCGGUUUUCUGGUUCGCGAAUCGAUCGUGACCGAGGCAAAGGAAUAGAAAACCAUCACAAACAUCCGCGCAAGUAUUUGUAUGUUUUUACGAACAACAACCGUAUGCGGUGGCUCUGUUCGGCUCGUUGAACAGGAUGCGUAAAGUAUGAUAAAUCAAAACACACAAAAGAACGAAAGGGUGCCCGCUGGAUUCGGCUUGACAUCCAUCGUGUGGUCGAUCUGCGUGAGGUGAAACAAAAUAUACAACAAACAACAAAACAUGAACUCUG